AUGAGAUUUCUGAAAAAAGGAUUGCACAAGGCAGUGUCAAGCAAAUGGGGGGAAGUUCACGGAUACCUCCUGGAGCUCUAUGAAUGCCAGGCUGAAACCCUUCCAGAUGAUGCAGGGCCAGGAUCUGAUGAUGAAGACGCUUUGCAACAUGCCGAUGAGAAUGAAAGCACGCCCAUCAUUCACAUCAGAAGAGCUGACGGUACUCAAGCCCAGUCUGUACCAACAGCAGAGAAGGUCACCAAGCAGAGGGAGGAACGCUAUCUGCCACAAAGCACAAUGUUUGAUCAUUGGAAGCAAAUGAUCACACUUCGGCCUGAGAUCAAGUGCAGCUUCCGACUCUUUUGGCAGGUGUGGUGCUCUGACUUCUACAUGAUGAAGAUUCGCAAAGGCUUCACCCAUCGCUGCUGCACUGUGUGCCUUAAGCACAAAGCGUUGAUCCGACAGCUUGCUCACGACAUCAAGUCGAGAGAGAAGCAACGAUCCCUCUGGCAACGCCACAUUGAUAGCCAAUACCAGGACCGAACCCUGUACUGGCACCUCAGGUCAAUGGCGCGGCUGCACAAGCAGCCCAUUGUGGUCAUACUGGAUGGUGCUGAUCAAGCAAAAUUUUGCUGGCCUAGAAACCGCUGUUUUGCAGCGCAUCAGUUUGACAGCGUGAUUCGGCCCCGGCUUCACAUUGUCGCAGCCAUAGCGCAUGGCUUUGCAGACAUCCUUGCACUCAGCCACUGCGACGUGCACACCGGUGGGUCUGCGACAGUGGAACUGGUGGCAUAUGUUUUGACACUGUUUGUGAAGCAAGGGGUAUCUUUGCAAGGUCGGGAUCUAUACCUACAGUUGGACAAUGCUGCAUCCUCCAAUAAGAAUUUGACUGUUUUCGCAUUCACUGCAACAGUUGCGGCUCUGUCCGGGCUGUCAUCCGCAACGGUGCAGUUUUUGAGGAGCGGUCAUUCUCACGAGGAUGUUGAUCAGCAGCAUGGCCAGAUGAGUUCAUUCACCAGAAACAGACUCACCGAGGCACAGACGCUGGACGACUUCAAAACAGCCUUGCAGAGUUUUCUGGAGAAAUUGGACAGACCGCAUGAGCCUCUUCGUGUGGUGACUAUCCGGGAUGAGAUGAGAAACUGGAAACUGUACUUUGAGAAGCUGGGCGUCCAGAUGAAAGGACAUGGUGGCCAGCGUGCUCCACACGUCUUCAACUUCAGACUGGAGGGUGACACCGUGGUGCUCAGGUGUCGACAAUUCAUGAGCGACAUUUCCUGGCCUUGUCGGCUGGAUUUUUGCAGCACCAACGACAUCAAGCAGUUGCCGAGGGAUGGUCCAGCAGAUCUUUUCCCCAGGAGGAAGAAGACCAAGGACUAUAUCAAGAACAUCUUCAAACUGGCAGAUGCUGUGGAGCAAAAACCGUGGUUCAUGCGCAGAGCAGCACAGGAACUUCGCGAUUGGGUGAAUGAAAAACAUGCGCGGCCUGACUUGCUGGACAUCAGCUUCAUCUUGGAUUGUCUCAAGCUUCAACGGCCACCGAGCAGGAUGGAUCCCAUGAACUUCUUUGUAGACCAGCAAGCUGGACAAAGAGCUGUUGGGCUGGAGCCCAUGAUGGCUCGGAUGGUGGUCUCUCAUGCAGGUCGCAGGUUUAAUUCGGCCAAUCCUGCUGGUCCUGAUCAUCUUUCACCGUCGAUGGAAGCUGAGUUUGUUUACUCAGUUGCUGCUGAGUUGGUGACCCACCACAACUUUUCUUGGCCCAACGCCAUCUCCCUUGGAGAGCAGAGUUGGGCACGGUUUCCCAAACAGCAUAAAAACGCUGUAAAAAAGGUCAUCAAAAAUGAUGCCGAAGAAGAUGGCAUGCUCGAGAUGCCAGUUCGGGACUUGUAA